AUGGCAGGAGGAGCUUUUGUAUCAGAAGGAGGAGGUGGUGGAAGAAGUUAUGAAGGAGGAGUCACCGCAUUCGUUAUCAUGACAUGUAUCGUCGCCGCCAUGGGAGGUCUGCUCUUUGGUUAUGACCUUGGAAUCUCAGGAGGUGUUACAUCAAUGGAAGAGUUUCUUACCAAGUUCUUCCCUCAAGUAGAGAGCCAGAUGAAAAAGGCGAAGCACGACACGGCUUACUGUAAAUUUGAUAACCAAAUGCUCCAAUUGUUCACUUCUUCUCUCUACCUCGCAGCUCUUGUAGCUUCCUUUAUGGCUUCAGUUAUCACUAGGAAGCAUGGACGUAAAGUCUCUAUGUUUAUUGGUGGACUUGCUUUCCUCAUCGGUGCACUUUUUAACGCAUUUGCCGUUAAUGUUUCAAUGCUCAUCAUCGGUAGACUGUUGCUUGGUGUUGGUGUUGGAUUUGCUAAUCAGUCUACUCCGGUGUACCUAUCUGAAAUGGCUCCAGCGAAGAUAAGAGGAGCUUUAAACAUCGGUUUUCAGAUGGCUAUAACCAUUGGAAUCCUAGUGGCGAAUCUGAUUAACUAUGGAACAUCAAAGAUGGCUCAACAUGGAUGGAGGGUUUCUUUAGGUUUAGCAGCUGUUCCAGCUGUUGUUAUGGUGAUUGGAUCAUUUAUUUUGCCCGAUACACCAAACUCGAUGCUCGAGAGAGGCAAAAAUGAGGAAGCAAAACAAAUGUUGAAGAAGAUACGUGGAGCUGACAAUGUUGAUCAUGAGUUUCAAGAUCUCAUUGAUGCUGUUGAAGCUGCCAAAAAGGUGGAAAAUCCAUGGAAGAACAUCAUGGAGAGUAAAUAUAGACCAGCUUUAAUCUUCUGCUCGGCCAUUCCCUUUUUCCAACAGAUCACUGGAAUCAAUGUCAUUAUGUUCUACGCUCCUGUUCUCUUCAAGACUCUUGGUUUUGGUGAUGAUGCUGCUCUUAUGUCUGCUGUUAUAACCGGUGUUGUCAACAUGCUUUCAACCUUUGUCUCAAUUUACGCGGUUGAUAGAUAUGGUAGAAGGUUGCUUUUCCUCGAAGGUGGCAUUCAAAUGUUCAUUUGUCAGCUUCUUGUUGGUUCUUUCAUCGGUGCAAGAUUCGGAACCUCAGGAACCGGAACAUUGACGCCAGCAACAGCAGACUGGAUUCUUGCUUUCAUAUGUGUGUACGUUGCAGGAUUUGCAUGGUCAUGGGGUCCAUUGGGAUGGUUGGUACCGAGUGAGAUAUGUCCAUUGGAAAUUAGACCAGCGGGACAAGCCAUCAACGUCUCGGUCAACAUGUUCUUCACUUUUCUCAUUGGUCAAUUCUUUUUGACAAUGCUUUGUCACAUGAAGUUUGGUCUAUUCUACUUCUUUGCAAGCAUGGUUGCGAUCAUGACGGUUUUCAUUUACUUUUUGUUGCCGGAGACCAAAGGUGUUCCUAUUGAAGAGAUGGGAAGAGUUUGGAAGCAACAUUGGUUCUGGAAAAAGUAUAUCCCAGAAGAUGCUAUUAUUGGUGGACAUGAUGACAACAAUACCAAUUAA